AAUUAUUACCUGAUUACUUCCAGAUGUUCGUGGUGGAAGUGAAAAGUUGAAUUCGAUGAGUAUCGACAUAUUUCGGAUUUUUUUUUUCCUAAUCAGAGCGUUUUAGUUUGGAGGUUAAGAACGGAAAUGAACCUGUAAGUGUUUCCGGUAACUGCUUGGCGCGUGGAGCUUUCAUUUAAGCCCUCUUUGAGUCCUCCUCACUUCGAGACCGGUCUGUCUCAUCUUAGCUAACAGUCCUCUCAGUAUAUUAGCAACAACGCCUAAAUGGGCUUUCUACUGUCUAAAUCCAUGGAUGCAAACUUCAAAAAGCAGCAGGAGUUCAUGCUUAUGAACGCACGUCUGCAGAUGGAGCGUCAGAUCCUGAUGCAGAACCAGAUGAGAGAGAGGCAGAUGGCCAUGCAGAUCGCCUGGUCCAGAGAGUUUCUCAAAUACUACGGCGCCUUCUUCGCGGUGGCGGCGUCGGGGCUCACAAUAGGAGCCAUAAAGAGAAAGAAGCCCGGCCUAUUGGCUCCCAUCGUUCCUCUAGGCUUUAUAUUGAGCUACCAGAUGGACAGCGCCUACGGAACACUCGUCUAUCGGAUGAGAGGGGAGGCUGAGAACAUCAUGGCGUCAGAGCCCGACCGUUUGGACUUACCUCAGGGGCUUCCAACCUUUGAGAGCAUAGAGAAGGCCCGUCGCGCUAAAAGCGGUCUCAUCUCCAUCUUGGAGAAGUGAUCCACCAGCCGGAACGGGAGUCCGAAUCCAAACUGUCCGGUCCACGUGUUCAGCAUCACUUUGUAAAAGAGAGAACAAAUGCCAUCUGCCUUUUUUCUUCUUUUUUUAUAAACAUGAUGGAGUCCAUGGCUUGCACUAAUUUAUCAUCAUGGACUUUGUGUGGCUUCAUUGUUUUUGGGUGGAUUGUAUCAGAAAAGGUUCCUCUAAAUGGGCUAGUUAUUGAAACAUUGCAGCUCAAAGAACUCAAUGAAAAGCACACGGUGUUGACAGUAACCAUCUUCCCAGCCAAAAUGCUUAUUUAUUGACACGUGGUGCCUUCAAUGUCCAACGUUCACUGGUUUGUUUUAGCUGUGUUUGAGAUAAGUGGCACCGAGGGCUUAGAAUGCUAAAUACAGAUAUUUAUUUUAGUUUUCUGCUGCAUCUUUAUCAUGAAGACGAUCUAUUUACAUCAUGGAAGCAGUGAAAAUGUGCUGCUGACAGAUAAAAAUGAGAUUUCAGUGAUAAAAAUCAAUAAUAAUUCUUCAUCACACCAAAGCUAUUGCACUUGUAACUUUGUUUUUUUAAUCAUGACAGUGUGCGUGCAAGUUGUUCUAAUUAGCACAUUUAUUCCUUCUUUACUCACUACUGGAUCCAUUUGUGCUUGACAUAUUGAUAUUUUAUUUGUCAGGCCAAUAAAAACCACUCUUGAAACAGCUUCAUUUUCUGAAACUGCCUUUUGUGACAGGGCGCCCUUUGAAUGGAGAACUCCAAACUCAACAUCUCUUAAACCCCAAAACCAGUUUCUGUUGUGGCGUGUCGCUGGAGGAGCCUGAUUAUUCUCUACGGGAAAAAUGCACGCGAUUUCUUUAUGCAGCUACUUUCAGAUUUGUCAUUCCUGGUCUUUGUCCUCCCAUUAAUAUCCUCUGUGUGCGAUGCAGGCACUCUCCUGCUUAACGAUAUUUCAGCAAAAAAGAAAUAACUCUGUGUACGUCACCGCCAUCCAUCUAAAUAACGUGGAUGUGUGGUUGUUCCUGCGUGUGUGUCAAGAAGGGAGGGGGGGGUGGCACGGGUUUCUGAGUGAACAAAUGACUAUAAAAGGUUACGCGCACUGGCAAGGAGAGAAUCAGAGCAACACAAGACAGACGAAUUGAAGUGUUUUGCCAUUUAGAAGGUGCUCAAGUGAAAUCUGCCGAGUGAAAAGUGGGAGAGGAAGGACCUGCGGCUCGGACCGGACCUGAGGUGGACAUCAGCUCAGCCACCUGACCAGAACAAACAAACAGCCAGCCCCGUCCUCCCGUCAGGCGCCGCCCGCCGGGAACAUGCUGUGGAGGGCGACUCUGGCCGUGGCCGUGGUGUGCUUCGGAGGCAUGUGCAGCUGCGUGAGGGCUGAUGUCAUGAGCAGGCUGAUGGGACCCCGGGACUACGGAGUCAAACUGUGCGGGCGAGAGUUCAUCAGAGCGGUCAUCUUCACCUGCGGCGGCUCCCGCUGGAAACGCUCCAUAGACGUGGACUCAGACUCUCUCCGGUGGAAUUCCUUCCUUGACUUGACAACAGAAGACAACCAGCAGACCUGGAAACGUGGAGCAGAACUCACAGACGGCCGCCCCUCCGCCCCCGGCUCCUCCUCCUCCUCCUCCUCAUACUCUCUGGCCGACCUCCUGACCCUUUACAGAGCUGCGGGCGACAGGCAGCACCCGUCUCCGAGUGUGCCGGCCCUGACGGGCGACUCGGCUAAUUUGGGCGGGCUAGAGGGGAAUGGAGAGGUGGCCGCCUGGCCUGUGUCCAGCAAGAGGAAGAGGAACUUUUCUCUGGGAGUGGCGGGGAUGUGCUGCAACCAGGGCUGCACCAAGAAUGACAUCGGACGCUUGUGCUGAGGCGGGAUGGGGGGAGGGAGAAGGGAUGGACGCUGGAGAAGUGGUCGGUCGUGACACAAAGCUGGUAUGAUGAGAGCUAAUGGGCUGUGUACCGUUGUGUGUAGAUCUAGAGCUAAAAGAUGGUUGGAGGUUAAGGUACAUCAGAAAAUCUCCGCAUCAGUCCAGCUCCAUCCCUUUCUGAUACGAUGGGCAUUUUUAUUCAUUCUCCUCACUAGUUUGAUCAUUUUCUGAGAUAACAUUAUGCUCUGUAUGUAUGAAUGUCACUCUCACUGUAAACUGGAAUAAAUUUUAAAUACUGCGUUAAUAUGAAUCAUUGACCAGUGUCUUCACUUAAGCUUUCAGAAUAUCUGACUAUUGUACCGU